AUGGAGGACCUUGGUGGUUCUCAAUUGGAUGGUCGUGGAAAUACCAUGAAGAAGAGGAGGAGCCAGGGAGCACGAAGGCCUAGACCUAAUCCAUUGGUGUUUAAUGAAAACCAUGAUUUAUCUCCCUUGUCCUCCAUUCCCGUUUCAGAUGAUGCGGGCAAAGUGUCCAGUGAUGACAAUAGUGGAGAUGGCAAUUUCAGAGGGAAAACGGUUGACGUUAAUCAGUAUAUGUCAAGAGUAGGUCCUUCAACACCCUUGGAUGAGGAUGCUUAUAGUUAUAAAAGGAUAACUAAGGAGGGUGGUGUUACUGGCUUGGGACAAAGUAAUGGAAAUGGCGGAAAUGUUACGCACUACGGACUGGCAGGGCAUCAAGGAAUGUCUGUAGAUAGCCAAGGAAAUGAGAACAAGCUUAAAAAAGUUAAACUGAAAGUUGGGGGGGUAACUCGUAUGAUUCAAGCGAAAUCCAGUGUGACUACUGUAUCAAAUGCAAAAACUCCUAAACUUUCGGAUGGGCCUCAUGUAAAACAGAAGGUUACUCAGGAUAUUGCCGAGAAUGAUCCCCUUCCUGAUAAAAGGAGAGGUACACAGGGGGCUCUAUUAAAGGAUUUCUCAAAAGGCAAAUUACAUUCGAGUAAGGAGGAAUCCAGGAAGAUGAGUUUAAGGAAUGGCUUUGACAAGCCUGAUGAGAGGUCGGAUUCUGUUCGUAAGAGCAAGAGGCUUCCUAAAAAGCGUAUUUUGGAUGAUGCAUUUGAUGAAGAUGAGGAUGAUGAUGAGAUUCGUUAUCUGGAAAAGUUAAGAAACCCAAAGAUGGGAAAUUCUAGAGAUGUAGACAACGAAUCAUCAGCCAAGAGACCCAGAAAUCUUUCGAGAAACUCUAGGGGUGGAAAUUAUGAAACCCCGGGAGAAAGUGUUCGGUCUAAUAGCAAAGAUGAGAAGAGAUCCAGAUCAGACAGAGGCUCAGAUGACACAGAUUAUGAGGCAGAGGAGGAGCAAGAAAUGGUGUCAGAUUCUGAGACAGGAGGAGGGACAAAGAAGAGGAAACAACUGAGGGAUCCCUCAGAUUCGCCAACAGAAAACAAGAGGGAGAUCACUCUGACAACACGCCAGAGAGCCCUUUUGUCAAGCAAAGACGCAUCGGGGGCUAGCCCAAUUGAGUUUCCAAAUGGUUUACCACCACCCCCAUCACGAAAGCAAAAAGAGCAACUUACAGAGGUGGAGCAGCAGCUUAAGAAAGCUGAAGCUGCUCAGAGACGACGGCUGCAAAAUGAGAAAGCAGCUAGGGAAGCACAGGAGGAGGCAGUUAAAAGGAUACUCGGUCAAGAUUCAAGUAGGAAGAAGAGAGAAGAUAAAUUGAAGAAGCGGCAAGAGGAACUCGCUCAGGAGAAGGCUUCAAAUGCUCAACUGAAUGCUGCAAACACCAUUAGAUGGGUCAUGAGCCCUACUGGAACUUUUAUCACAUUCCCUGAGGAAAUGGGCUUGCCUAAACUAUUUGACCCUAAACCUAGCAGUUAUCCUCCACCACGUGAAAAAUGUGCUGGUCCAUCUUGCGACAACCCAUACAAGUAUCGGGAUUCAAAGACAAAGCUUCCUCUUUGCAGUCUCCAGUGCUACAAGGCAAUCCAUAGGGAAGAAAUGCCCACAAACGCAGCCUACUAG